UAAGCAGGUUACAUUUCCAUGUCCCCCAUCUCCACUCUCUCUCUCUGAAUAUCGAAAGGGGGAGCCCCUAUUCGAUCCCCUCCAUUAAAACAACAACGAAAAGGCCCUGAAAGAUUCCAAAUUAGGGCACAAAAAUCAUCCUCCUCUCUCUAAAGCAGCUCAAAUCGUUCCUCCUCCUCCUUAUCCUCCCUAUUCUCCUUCAUCCCCUUCUUCCCCUCUCCUAUGCAUCUCGUUGACCCCUCAAUUACCCAGUUUCUCGAUCUCAAACCCUAGGGCAAGAAUCGAGAUCCCAUCGAUUGAAUCGAUCACCAUUGGAUCUAGGAGGGAUGGAGGAUUUUCCCGGCCUUUUGCAGCGUGACUUUGGCUUCAAGCCUCAAGGUAAAUCUCCUCCCAUGUCUGCUGUGAAAGGCUCAAGCUCUGGUUUUAACAUGGGUGGUUCUGUGAAAUCACCACCAAUUAGUCGAGGGAGCUCUAAAUCGGGCUGGAAUUCAGAGGAUUUGUUUGGUCCCUCGAGUAAUCAGAGUCGUCAUGAUCCGUCGGGUUCAGCUGUCUAUGAUGAUGUUUUUGGGGGCCCACCAAAGUUCUCCGGUGCCAUGGGAACGAGGGCUCCUUCUGGUUCGGAGCCCUUCCUUCAAGGUUUUAAGGAUCAGUCUAAGUCAUCAUCUAUACCGGUUUAUGAUAAGCCUGUUUAUGACGAUGAUAUUUUGGCUGGGGUUCGUGGGUUGAGGAGCUCCACCGGUGUGGAAUAUGAUGAUGUGUUUGCUUCCAUGGGUCCGGGUUCCAGCUCUAAUGCUGCAUUUGAUGAUCUGCUGGGUGAAUUUAACAAGAAGGAGCCGAAACCAAUGGGAAUGGGCGAGGCUAAGCAGGAUUCAGCUUUUGACGAUUUGAUCUCUGGAUUCGGAGGCAGUGAUCCCGCUAAAAACAGGGCAACUACAAAUUCCAGUCGUCCACAAGAGCAAAGUAUUCCUUCAAGUAAAUCAGCCCCAAAUAUGGUAGACGAUCCUUUUGUUGUUUUUGAUUCAAAUCCAUUGCCCCCACCCUAUUCAUCUUCAGGGUUAUUCACAGAUGAUCCUCUUGGAAACAUUGGCAUGCCAUCAAAUUCUCGAAGCUUGAAAGAGGAAUCACCAAGGAAUGGGGUAGCAGUUGAUGAUGGAUUUGAUGGAUUUCCCGGAACUGUGCCAGCACUUUCAUCCGAUGGUAAUAAGAAAAAUAAGAGCCCAUUACGAACAGGGCAACACUCUUCUGAUAGAGACAUUGAAAAUGAGAAACCUCCCUCUAAAAGCCUGGGGAAUAACAUUCCUAAGAAAGAGCAGAUAAACAAUAACAGGGAAACUCAUCAACCACUCUUUGACAUGCCUACUGGCAUGCCUGAUUCUCAUAAUUUUACUGGAAAAAGCAGCUUCCACUCAUCAGGUGUAAAUACAGGUUCUUAUGAAGGUAUUCAUGAGGUAGACACAUCUCCGAAGACUGAUGGGAAUACGGAGAGUGUUGAUGAUGUAUGGCUUACUGUUGAUGAAAUCCAUCUUUUCACACAACCUACUAGUGCUCCUCCUCCUUCAAGGCCGCCUCCUCCAUUGGUUAUUAAGCAGGCACCAAGAAAGGUUAAUGACUAUUCUAGUUUUCCGCAACCCUUCCAGCAGCGUCUCUUUCCAAAAACAGUGGCUGAUGCAGGGAGGACUCCAGGCAUAUCACCGAUUGAUGAACUGGAAGAUUUUGCCAUGGGUAAGCCUCGGACUUCGGCAGAUGAACGGACUGAUGCCAUCUCAAGUGAAGAAGAUGUGGAAACUAGUUCAGCGGCAGCGGCUUCAGCAGCUGCAAUGAAGGAGGCCAUGGAUAGGGCCGAAGCAAAAUUGAAACAAGCCAGGGAAGUGAGAGAGAGAGAAAGAGACGCAAAAUCCAAAAGCAGAGAAGAGAAAGCUGCACAAGAGGCUCAAGAGAGAGAAGAGAGGGAGAGGCAGGAAAGACUCGAGCGCGAGAGGGAGCAACGCGAAAGAGAAGAGAAAGAGAGAGAAAGGAAGAGAAUAGAGGAGAAAGCUCGGUUAGCCGAAAGGGAGGCGGUCGAAAGGGCAAACCGUGAAGCGCGUGAAAGAGCGAUGACAGAUGCACGCCAAAGAGCAGCCGAGAAAGCGGCUGCCGAAGCACGUGAACGAGCUCAGAAGACAGCGGUUGAAAGGGUCUUGGCUGAAGCUCGUGAGAGAGCAGCUCGAGAAGCAAAGGAAAAGGCUGAGAAAGCAGUAGCUGAGGCUCGAGAAAGGGAAGCAAGGGAAAAGGCUGAAAAAGCUGCUGCUGCUGCUGCGAGGGAAAAGGUGGCGGCAGAGAGAGCAGCUGUGGAGAGAGCUGCAGCUGAGGUGAAACUUAGAAAUGAUAGAGCAGCCGUGGAGAGAGCAUAUGCAGAGGCUAGAGAGAGGGCAGCAGCAGAGUCUAGAGAGAAGGUGGCAGCAGCUGCAAGAGAGAAGCAACAACAGAAGAAUAAUAAUGAUAAUGAUCUUGAGGCCUUUUUCGGCGGUGCUCGGCCAAACAGUGCCCCGAGACAAAGGACCGCUACCUCUUCGGAUUCUUCCGUUGAUGCCCAAUAUCAAAACAAAGGAACUUCUGAUGGGUCAAGAAGGACAUCUACUGGAACCUCAGCCAGCAUGAGAAAAGCAUCCUCUACUACAAAUAUAGUGGAUGACUUGAGUACCAUAUUUGGAGCUGCUCCACAAUCUGGGGAGUUUCAAGAAAUUGAAGGGGAAAGCGAAGACAGACGGAAAGCUAGGCUGGAAAGGCAUCAACGCACAUUGGAGCGUGCAGCAAAAGCUCUGGCCGAAAAAAAUGAACGUGACAGUCAGCUCCUGAGAGAUCAAGCCGAAAGACAUAGGAUUGGAGAAACAUUGGAUGCAGAGAUUAAACGGUGGGCUUUUGGAAAAGAAGGCAACCUGCGUGCUUUGCUUUCAACCUUGCAAUAUGUACUCUGGCCGGAGUGUGGCUGGCAGCCUGUGUCUUUGACAGAUUUAAUUACUGCUACUUCUGUAAAGAAAGUCUAUCGAAAAGCAACUCUAUGUAUCCAUCCUGAUAAGGUGCAGCAGAAGGGUGCAAAUAUUCAACAGAAGUAUAUUGCAGAAAAGGUUUUCGACAUCCUUAAGGAAGCUUGGAACAAGUUCAAUUCAGAGGAGCUCUUUUGAUGAUUUCCAAUCUUCUAUUUCGAGGGGCAAGAAAUGCAGAUAUGAUGCUGGCCCACGGAAGCUGCAAAGCUCUGGGUGGCAGUCAGUGCAGUUUUCUUGGUGAUUCAUGUUUGUGAUUGGUUCGUUAUGCACCAUGCCUUCUGCUCAAGGUCCUGGAAGUGUAAGAAACACUUAAAUUUUUUGCUUGCUGUAAAUUGCUUUUGUUCUCUGUAUGUCUUGGGUAUCAUGGCUUGAGGCUUGUUAGAUAUGUAUUGCACGCCUUUUGUCUUCUGAAGCAUGUAGAAUAGAGAGCAUGGGAAGUCUUUGUUGGUGUCGCCUACUGUAGGUUGAGUUCUUCAGCCACUCUCAUCGAGGAUGGUGGGCUUGUUAAUUCUUUUCUUGGACAGAAAUUUCUUGAACAUUUUGAAUGAAUGCCAAUAUAUUAUUGGUGGUUUUUUA